AUGGCCGCUCUUGCCGCAACCAGCGACAAGGUCAAGUUGACCCCUCCCAACGCACCGCCGCUCGCGCGCCCGCGUCGUGGAAUGCUAAAGGAGCAGGAGAAGCGUAUGCUUGAGGAGGCGGAUGAGUGGGAAGACGUCACCGUUGCGGAGCUGCGGUGUCGCAUCCGUGAGGAGUUGGCGGAUUACCGCCGCAAGGGCCCGGUGUCGUUUAGGCGAUGGCCCAAGGAGACACCUUCGCAGGCGCACCCUUCAGAACACCAGGUGAAGCGUACUGGAUUGGCGACGGCAAGAAUCUAG